GUCGUCUCAAAGAUUUUUAGUUGUUGUCCAGUUAUUCAAGAUUCAUGGCCUCAUAUGGUAUUUCCAGUCUUGCCGAUUCUAAUCUUGAUUUAAAUUUGAAAGACAGUUUUAAAGCACAAAAAGUAACUGAAUACAUGCGGCAAUUCAUUUUUACAGAUGUAUCUAUCAAUGCUAUCAAAAGACUUUUCCAAAGAGAAUUGGAUGAUGGUCUCAGAAAGUCAGAUGGAUCUGAACCACAAGAACAGUCGGAAAUGACUAUGAAAAUUACAUUUUUUACAGAAAUUUUUAACGGCACAGAGAGCGGGGAUUUCGUUGUAAUUGAUUUAAAUAGCCAACAUCUCAUUCUACUUUUAGCAAGAGUAAACCCUGGAUUUCCAGUGAAGACUGUUAGCCAAUACUUCUGGGUUAAUGAAAAUAUUCGACGCUCUCCUUAUAUUAUGAUUUUCGAGUUUUUAUGUGAUUGCAUCCUGAAAUUUUUUACCCAAUAUGAUUUACUGCAGAAAACGCAGACUGUAGGAUUUUGCUCUGAUUUGCCAUCGGUUCAAUUCGGCAUCGACCAAGCGACAUUGCAUUACUUCACACUCAGUGCAUCUGAAUUUCCUCUCAACUGUUAUGACAUACGGAGGUGUUUUGAAAUCGUCUUACUGAAAGAACGUUACAAAGACAUUAAAUUGAAUUUGGUUGCCAUACUAAACAAAAAUACAAGUAUGCAUAUGUAUGCUUGCUAUGCAUGGGGAAAAAUAGACAUUUUUGUAAAUUUAGUAAAUGACUGUGACAUACUAUACUUUGAAGAGAUAGGAAAGGUUGAGAAGUGGAAAUGUGAAAGAUCCACUGUGAAAGAGGUAUUAAUUGAUACAGAACUCAGAAACUUUGGAGGAAACGGAUCACUGAAUUUUAUUGCAACAGAUUUGGACUGGGCUAUCAUUAGCACACCUUUAAGUUUCAUAAGAGUAGAUAAACGCUGCAGGAUUGAGAAGUUUUUAUCGGAAAAGUACCUAUUGGAAUUAAUAAGAUAUAUCCUUGCUGAUCUACAUCAUAAUCUAAUUUAUUGUAGGAAUGCUGAUGUUGGAUUAUUAUAUAAAACAGAAGGAAUUUCGUUAUCGGAUAUCUACAAUUUUGAAAAAAGUUUAAAAAAUCUAGAUCAAGCUUCACUCUUGCUCCCAGGAGGCUCUAUCGGAGGAUCUGAAGAGGAUGCAAAAAUAGCACACUAUGUGUGCAAGAUAGUAUUGAUUCGGGCUGCCGUACUCACAUCUAUAUGCCUGGCUUCAGUAUUGUCUAGAUUUCAAAAUGAAGAAUUCAUGAUAGCCGUGAGAAGCUCUUUGUUAUGGGAACAUCCAGAUUACGAAACAUACAUAAGGAACUUGAUGUUAGAGCUAGCACCAGGGAAAAAGUUUCAGUUUAUACCAAUGGAAGAUGUAAUGAGCCUUCAAGGAUCAGCUUUGGCUACCUCUAUAGCCAGGAGGUUAGACAGAUCCUUCUUGAGAUUUUAAAUCACAUUUUAUUAACAAACCACACAUAGAGGGAAA